AUUUGGUGUGGCAGGGAGUAUAAUAAGUCAACAGAGUUUCAUCAGCGAGAUUUCUGUUUUCAGUGAUUUGGUGGUGCUCUUGCUGUGGUUUGCCAUUUGAGACAGUCAAGCUCAACAAUGGAGGAGGAGAGAAAGAGAUUGGUCGAGGAAGAAUGGAACUCCAUGAUUUCAACCAAGCAGCAACUCUCUCUUGCUGAUUUCCCCUCCAAAUUCCUCUUUGGCGUCGCUACUUCGGCUUAUCAGGUCGAAGGAGCUGCCAAUCAGGGAGGCAGGGGUCCUUCUAUUUGGGAUACUUUUUCACACACACAAGGCAAAAUAAAAGAUGGAAAAAAUGGAGAUAUAGCAACAGAUCAAUAUCAUCGUUACAAGGAAGACGUUGACCUAAUUGCCAAAAUGGGAUUCAGUGCUUAUCGUUUUUCCAUAUCAUGGUCACGUAUCUAUCCAGAUGGAUUAGGAACACAAGUCAACAAAGAAGGGAUCAAGUAUUACAACAAUCUUAUAAACUACCUUCUCGAAAAGGGAAUUGAGCCAUGUGUAACACUAUACCACUGGGAUCUCCCAUUGCAUCUUGAUGAGUCAAUAGGAGGGUGGUUAAGUGACUCAAUAGUAAAGUAUUUCGCAAUCUAUGCAGAAACUUGUUUUGAAAAUUUUGGUGAUAGAGUGAAAAAAUGGAUAACAAUCAAUGAACCACUUCAAACAGCAAUAAAUGGAUAUUUUACUGGCAUAUUUGCCCCUGGAAGAAGUGAACGUUUUUCAGCUGAACCUUAUUUGGCUGCUCACCACCAGCUUUUAGCCCAUGCACAAGCUGUUUCAAUAUACAGAACUAAAUUUCAGGCCCUGCAAGGUGGCGAAAUAGGAUUGGUUGUGGAUUGUGAAUGGGCUGAGCCCUUAACAGAUAAGGAAGAAGACAUAACUGCUGCAAAAAGGCGUGUUGAAUUUCAGCUUGGAUGGUACUUGGAUCCGAUAUUUUUUGGAGAAUAUCCUAAAUCAAUGCAAGAGAGGGUUGGAGAGUUGCUUCCUGUAUUUUCUGAGAAAGAUAAAGAUUUGUUAAAAAAUUCAUUGGAUUUUGUUGGGUUGAAUCAUUAUACAUCAAGAUUUGUGUCGCAUAAAACAAAUGAAAAAGAAAACCAUUAUUUUAGAGCACAAGAGAUGAGACUAACAGCUGAAUGGGAAAAUGGUGUAAUUGGUGAAAAGGCAGCAUCAUCAUGGCUGUAUGUUGUUCCAUGGGGUCUCCGGAAAGUUCUUAAGUACAUAGCUCAAAAGUACAAUAAUCCACCAAUAUAUAUUACCGAAAACGGCAUGGAUGAUGAAGACAAUGAUGCAUCUCCUCUACAUGAAAUGCUAGAUGACAAAUUGAGAGUUACAUACUUUAAGUCCUAUCUUGCAGCUGUUUCUCUUGCUAUCAAGGAUGGAGUUGAUGUGAGGGGGUAUUUUGCAUGGUCAUUGGUGGAUAAUUUUGAGUGGCCACAAGGAUAUACAAAGAGGUUUGGUUUGAUUUAUGUUGACUAUAAAAACGGUCUUACACGUCAUCUCAAGUCAUCGGCUUAUUGGUUCAUGAGGUUUUUUAAAGCUGAAGAUGGGAAAAAUGGCAAAGAAGAUUGAUGCAAACUUUUAAUGUUUCAAUUUGGAUAUUAAUUUAAGGUAUUAAUUUUUAUCCAGUUUUUGGAUAUAAACAUUGCCAAAAUAUGGUGUUUAUGUACAAUGUGUUAAUGUUUAUGGAUCCAAAUAUAUAUUGUAAUGGUUAGUAAUGUCAUAAACGGGCAACAAACCAUUAAAAUAAGGAUAUUUUCUUAACAAUUUCCCUUAUGAUGAUACUUUAAUAAAAAUAAAAAAUAAUUGUGUUUUUGAACA